CGAGAGCGAUGCAGAACCACCAGAGGAAUCUGAUGGACGGUCAGGAUGCUCAGAAAACCGAAAGCACCGCUGUCUGACUCAUUCUCAUACGUUGUCUUGAGAUCAGUUGUGAGCGGUCGUUUCUGCGAGUUCCUGGAGGUCUGCACUCACGCCAUCCUUUGCACGCGCAACGUCUACCCCAAAGGCACCCAUACAUAACACACACUGUCACUGGAGCCUAGCCUGUGGUUGCUGGCUGGCCUGAAUGCAGAGCUGUUCUCGAGGGAGCGGCGGCUGGGCGAUCUGCGGUGGUGAGCAAAUGGGUCGUAAAGAACAGAGGGCAGGCAGACAGACUGGUGCGAUGGAUGGAUGGAUGGAUGGAUGGAUGGACGGUUGGCGUGUGUUUGUGUGUGCUGCAGGUGGUGCAGGUCGCCUCGUGUAUGUGAGUACACUGACAGGGUGUUCAGCAGCCUCAGGGAUGUGAUGAAGCAGCGGCUCCUCAGCAAAGUCAUCAUCGCCAUACGCAGACUCGGAAAGGAAGAACGAUUCGUAUUCAAAGUCAGCCACACGCCAACCACCUCCCUCACACGCACCCCCCCCCCCGACACACCAACCCACACACACACCCCUCUGUCCCCUGUCCCUCUCCCAGUUCGAUGCCAGCUGGCGUGAGUACCACCCCGACAGCACGCACAUCAAGGACAUCCUCCGCAGCCUGGAGGAGAACUUUCACUGCGCCCUCCUCGCCAUGGAGACCCAAGUCAAGGCACGAUUCCCACUCGACGCUGACAACAACGGGCAGCCUGCCGCUGCUGCAGCGGCUGCGGGUGCGGGUGGUGGUGGUGGUGGUGGCGGUGGUGGUGGUGUGGCCCCAGCGCCUAAUGUGAGUUGGGAGGUGCGAAUCGAGACCACCGAGAAGAUCGAUGUGGCCAUGGGGGAGGAGGGGCGGAAGAGACUCCAAAAAGGUCAGUGGGUGGGCGGGGGGGGGUGUGGUUCCUCAGAUGGAUGAGACUCAGUGUGUGUGUGUGUCUGUGUGUGUGUGUGUGUUGGUUGCCUUUCAGACAUAGGAUUCACUCGUCUGGAAGAAGUCCGUCCGCACACAGAUGGAUGGACAGAUACACCAAGUCAUCGGUUCGUCCAUCUUUGUGUGUGUGUGUGUUCAGGAGCAGAGUGCCGUCGACCGUCUGCAGUGCAACUGGGUGGCCACCGAGAUGGUCCAGUCCGACCUAUGCCAGCAGGCGGCAUUGCAGGAGGCGGCAGACGACGACACCUUCUUUAUCCGCCUCAUCGACACCGACAGGCCCCUCAUGCGUGUAAGUGAUACCGGGGGGAGGGGCGAAGCGAAGAUGGAGUGCGUUUCUGACCUCUGGGAUUGAUUUGUGCUGCGUGCAGGUGUACAGAGAGGAGGUGACUGAGCAUGAUGGGGCCGCCGCGGCCAAUGGUAGUGGCGUAGUCUGAGUCAGAGGCUAUGCAAUUGCUUAGCAGACAGUCUGCACGCAGCCGUUGUACAUAGACAGACGUGUGCUCUCUUG